AUGAAAGUUGCGCAGGUUUAUGGAAACGAAUUGGCCAACUACUAUGAAAAUGAAAUAAGUCCUGUUUACGGGUCUAAAAAAAGAAAGACUCAUAGUAAAAGACUUAUAAAAACUUUGUACGAAGCAUCUGAUAGUAGACCACCAGAUAACAUUAAUGCCAUCUACGGUGAUAAAUCCAGCAGAAAUAUUAAGAAGAGAAGUUUGGACAGUGCUGUUGAAGAAAGCACCAACUUUUACGAGAUUUUUGGUGUAGAUAAAGAUGCAAACAAUCACCGUAUUGAAGAGAAAAACAAGAUGGAAGAUGGUAUCACGGCUUUCUUUUCGACAUAUGACGAUGAUCUUCCAUAUAAAUUGAAUGAUCGUCAACAUAACGGCGACUACGAACUCACAUCCGAUGGAGAUUACAACUUUACUGGACAACUAAAUGUGGAUUUAAAAAACAGAAUAUUUGGAGGUUUCGUUGUUCGUGACGCUGCUGAAGAAAUUAUGGGAUAUGCAUGUGAUUAUUGCAGUACCCCAUUAUCCGACGAAAAUAUCAAAAAAGACGAUGAUAGCAGCUCUGUGUGUUCGAUGAACUCAUUAAACAUUCGACGUACUUUAGAAGGUUUUGUUGAUGAAGGCUGGCUUGAUGUUGAAGAAGUCAAGUUCUGUAAGUUUACUGCCUCUCCCGAUCUUGAUGACAACAAGUCUGUAUCUUCAGUUGGAUCGUUGGAUUUUGAUAAAAUCUGGCAAGGUUACAGUAGUCGCUCGAUUUAA